AUGGCACUUCCAAAUGCUACGCUUCAACUUCUUAUCAUCAUGAUACUUUGUCAUGUUGUUUGGUCACAACCUGAUUGGUGGAUACAAAGAGUCCAGGAAGGCAGACUGAUGUCUACGACGACUGAGCCAGAGGAGUCUUUGAUGGCAAGUGUUGGUAAUGGUUUCGUGGCAAUGGUCAUUGAUGGACAGGCAAUAUACAUUGGUGGCGUUUAUAAUGGUCCACAAGUAUCACAAGAUGCUCCAUCUCAUCGAGCUCAAUUGCCAAACUUUCAACAUGUCCAAUUGUUGAGUGGCGCCUCUUUGAGCUAUGCUGGACUCGACCUUGACAAUGGUACAUACACCAGGGUGUACACAUUCAACAACACCAAAGGUACAACAGCCACUCAAACAUACUAUGCUCACCGCGAGUUCACUGGACUACUGGUCCAGGAGAUCACCCUGGACAACACAAUGGGCAUGGAUGACUUUGUUCUGGAACUGGCUACACCUGCACUUGUUAACAUAUCCAGUCCUGACUUUAACAUUGUUCGGCUUUACGAGGAUGAGUUGUGCCAGCUGUAUUUAGCCACAAUCCUCCAGCCAGAGCUGGAGGGCGGGUUCAUGACAUCGGUCGCCAUCACAGCGACUACAGUGCCAUCAUCACUCAAAGUGGCUGCCGGCCAGACUGCCACGUUGGUCUUGAUCACAUCACUAGCGACCAACUUGCAAUCACAAUCAUUGUACAUUGAAGAGAGCAUGCAGUUGUUCAAAGAGGCCAUGGUCAAUCAGUCUGUUCUACUCACCACACACAUUGAUGCUUGGUCACAGUUGUGGACGAGUAGGAUAGAGGUGGGCGGCAACUUGGCAAUGGCACAAACAGUCAACUCAUCACUCUAUUACAUACUCUCAUCGAUCAAUCAGGACUGGCCUUGGAGCCUGUCUCCAGGCGGGCUAGCAUCGAACGGAUAUAAUGGACAUGUGUUCUGGGAUGCCGAGACAUGGAUGUAUCCGCCAAUCUUGGUGCUGUACCCUGAGAUAGCGCGUGAUGCCAUACUGCAGUAUCGAAUCAACAAUCUCAACGAAUCACAUUUGAAGGCGGUGUCAUAUGGCCAGGGCUGGACUGGAUACAUGUUCCCCUGGGAGUCGGCCUUCACCGGUGCCGAAGUAUGUCCACUCUCCGCGCCCACUGGCCAACUCGAGCAACAUAUCACUGGCGACAUCUCAUUCGCCAUGCGACAGUACUACUAUGCCACGGGUGAUGAUCAGUGGCUGUUGGAAGUCGGCUACCAAGCCAUCAAGGGUAUCGCUGAGUUCUGGGCCAGUCGUGUGGCAUCAGUGGACUCAGACCCACCCUCGUACUCAAUCAACAAUGUCAUCCCGCCCGAUGAAUAUGCUGUCGGCGUCAACAACUCGGUCUACACCAAUACUGUAGCCAAGUUGGCGUUGGAGUGGGCGGCCGAGGCUGCAGCCAUCGUCAAGGACACAUCAGCGCCAAUCGAUCAAUGGCUAUCAAUCGCGUCCAACUUGGUGAUAUUGUUCAAUGAGACGGGCGAGAUGCAUCCAGAGUAUGAGGGCUAUGCGGGACAGAUGGUCAAGCAGGCCGACGUCAUCCUGCUCGGCUACCCUCUGAUGACCAACAUGUCUGCGACAGUGCGCCAGAAUGACCUGGCUUACUAUGAGCCGCGAACCGAUCCCAACGGACCGGCCAUGACCUACUCGAUGUUUGUCACAGGCUGGCUAGAGCUGGGCAAUCAGAGCAGGGCCGAACAAUCAUGGGCCUCAUCAUACGCCAACUCUCAACAACCAUUUGGUGUGUGGACCGAGACGCCAACCGGUGGCACAGUCAACUUUAUAACGGGCGCCGGUGGCUUCCUGCAGGGUAUACUCUUUGGCUAUGGUGGCCUGAGGAUCCAGGAUGGCCUGCUGGACUUCCAUCCACAGCUGCCACCAAACACAGACAGUUUGGCCAUCAGGUCGCUGUGCUACCAAGGUGCUCAGCUCGAUGUCCUUUGGACGAGCGAACAGAUCCUGGUCACAAUGACCUCAUCCAGUCCCUCGGUCCGGCUCGCUGUCCAGCUCGGCCCCAACUCACUCCUUCCCUUGGACCUCGGUGUGGCCGUGGCCGUCAACGCAGGUACCAAGUUCAGUGUGACGUACACUUCCUAA